GUACGUCACAACCACGUCUCGCGAGAGUGUGACGGAAUCCUUGGAAAGUAGGCCGGCUGGAGCCCAGGAGCUGGCCAUCGAAACGGCGAUGCGGGAUAUUUAAACAGCGGUCCGGGGCUGCGGGCUGUGUUAUGAAAAUCGGGACUGUCCCGCGAAAGGCGGGACAGUUGGGAGGUAGUUUGCAGUUUAGCCAGAAGUUGAGUCUUACGGUCCUUAUAUGACGAUAGAAACUACAAGACAAGAUCCUUAGCUGAAAACUACGAAAUGGUGCGAUCAUGUUCCGCUGCUAACUGCGUCAACCGUCAGACGGCACUAAACAAGCGCAAGGGUAUAACUUUCCAUCGGUUUCCAAAAGAACAAGCUCGCAGGCAACUUUGGAUUACUGCUGUGACCCAUUCUCAUGCUGCUGUGGGAACGGACUGGACUCCUUCCAUUCACAGCUCUCUCUGUUCCCAGCACUUUAACAAUACACAAUUUGACCGGACCGGACAGACUGUACGGCUGCGGGACAGUGCGGUGCCAACAGUAUUUUCAACACUCAACUACUCAAAGAUGCCUAGACACUGCUCUGCUCUUGGCUGCACCACUCGAGACUCAAGGCAGACAAGAAACAACAACAUCUCCUUCCACAGGCUUCCAAGGAAAGAUGAUCCCCGGAGAAAUCUUUGGAUAGCCAAUUGCCAGCGCACAGACCCUAGUGGCAAAGGUCUAUGGGAUCCUUCUUCUGACUAUGUAUACUUCUGUUCUAAACAUUUUGAGAAAAGCUGUUUUGAAGUUGUUGGAACAAGUGGCUACCAUCGUCUUAAAGAAGAUGCUGUUCCAACAUUAUUCCUGUCGUCUGCUAAGCUUCGGAGAGCAGCAAAGCUUAAAACUCAAAAAAGGAAAAAUGCAAAGAACACAAAAGGAAAACGAAAAAGGAAUCUUCCAUUGCAUGUUAAUCCAAGUCUGUCAGGGAACCCUGAUGAAACUGCUGCAGAAUGUUUUGAUGACAGAAGGUAUGAUGGAGUGCCUACACAAGACUUGGUUAACUUCCAUGGACUCUGCCCUGAAAAUAUAGAUCUUCCAACCGAUCCAGCUCCAGCAGAAGGAGCUGUGGCCACCACAGUUGACCAGAUGCACCCAGAGGGCACCUUGGAAGAUAUGGAGGUUUCUAGUGCUAUUAAUGGGCCCAUCUCAGACUGUAGCUUGAAAGUAUCUAUUGUAAGAGAUAAAAUGGCUUCAGAUAUGUCAAUGGACCCAGUGGAAAAUUCCAGAGAAAGGGAAAAUGAACCUUCCUGUCCUGUCUCUCCUUCAGCGUACAUGCUGCGCCUCCCUCAACCUCCUGGUGCCUACAUCCAAAAUGAACACAGCUACCAUGUGGGCAAUGCUCUUCUUUGGAAGAGACGGGCUGAAGCUGCUUUGGAGGCUCUAGGUAAAGUCCAAAGGCAACUGGAGGCAUGCAGGCGUAGGGAGCAGCGACUGAGACUUCGCUUUUCUGCUUUACAACAGGAACACUUGCGAGAAAGACGUGCACAGUCCGAUGUUAGAGAAAAGCUAAAGGAACAUUUGCAGGUGUUUGAGCUGCAGCUUAUCAAUGAUUUUGUAUAAGUCUCACUGAGGAGCAGCCAUGGGAGGUGUAAUUCAUGUACAGCUUUAUCAUAAAUAUGUUCUCUCAGCAAGUCAGUUGUGUCUAGAUUCCCUUUAUUCUUCAUUUUACUAAUUUCAUUGACUUUUUUUUUUAAAGGCGAACUAUCGCGAAAAUUAAAAUGAAAUACAAGCUUCCUCAUACUGCCGUAAGAAAUUACAAUCAAUUAAAUAUUCUGCAUUGUUUCUGAAAUAAUCGCGUUUAUGUUCACUAUUCCUCUCUCAGCAUCUGUUUCUCUUCAUUCUGUCUUCAUGCAGCAGUUGGGUGUCAGAUAAUCAUUGACAGUUGGAUCCAAUAUAUCUUAUAGGGGGGGGUCUUCCUUUCCUAGCAGAUGUAUUAGAGCUCACUCAUAUAACUGAUUCCAGUACAAACAAAAUCUAACAAAAUAAUUGCCUUUUGCACAAAUUCUGCAUGUAGAGAGACAUGAUGUCUGGUGAUUUUAAUAGAGUGAGCUUGAAUACAUCUACCAGGAAAGAGAGCCCCCCUAUAACAUAUAUUGGAUCAUUCAUCUGACACCCAACUGCUGAAUGAAGACAGAAUGAAGAGAAACAGAUGCUGAGAGAGGAAUAAUGAAGAUAGACUUAUUGAUUAUUUCAGAAACGGUAUACCAUUUUCAAUUGAUUGUAUUUAGAAAGUUUUUUAUUUCAGUAUGAGUAGGAGUAUAUCGGUAUAAGCUUAUAUUAAAUUUUCAUUUUUGCAAAAUUCCCCUUUAUUUUUGUGUGCAAGUUAUAUCCACAGGUAUCCUGAUUAAACUACUUAUAUUUCAUUGUUAUUGCAGUCAUUUGGAUUUAUCCGAUUACAUUCAGUUCAUUUGAAUGCAUACUUUUCUUUGUACCUGGAAUGCUUAAUGUUAACAUUUUAUUCAGUUUUUACUAUCCAGUAAACGUUUGAGUCUCUGCUUUAAACCAUUUUCACUCCGUUAAAUAUUCUUCUGCAAAAUAUAUGUACUGUUUAAACAAGAAAUGUGCCAUGUUUGUAAAUAUGGUUUAUUGUUUAGCUGAUUUCUGAUCAUCUCAUUUCUAUCUAUUGUAUAUGAAGGGGUGUGUGACGGCUUAUUUUAAUGGAAGCAAGCUAUAACCUUAUGAGGAAGAUGGGAAUUUAGGUUCAUAAAUAUUACAGCGUUAGAUAGGAGCCAACUCCUCUUAUAACUGGCCAGCCCUGGCUUAUUGUGACCAUAAUAUUUCCUCUUUUUUUUUUUUUGGCCACACAUCUGGCUGUGUGAGCUGCAUUUUUUUUUCUUUACAAAAGUUGAAUUAUUUUCAACAUCUUUUAGAAUAUAGUCCAAUAUCUAUCAAUAUCAACAUGCAAAAGGUAAGCAGUUCCACGCAUCAUAAAAAUUUUUGGUGCAUUUAAAACCAAUCAAAUCAUAUGUGACCAAAAAACACACUGGGUUAUGUAAUAAUGUAUGUUAUAAUGUUAAAUGUUUUGACCUGUUUAAUAUGCAUCAAAUCAGUGUGUUGUGUGUGUGUGUGUGUGUGUGUGGAAUGGGGUAUUUCACCUUUAAAUGAAUUUUUAGUAUGACGUAGACUAUUUUGAGAGAAUUUACAAAUGGUCUUUUUUUUUUUUUUUAAAUGUACUUUUUUUUUUUUCAGCAAUUCUGCAGAUUGGAAUUUUUGAAACAAUAUGGUUACUAGGGUUCACUUUACCCAAGCAGCCAUUCAUUGGUUUGAAUACAAGCCUGGAAAAUGAAUUGGAGAGGGAGUGAAUAGAAAAAUACACAAAAAGUAACUAACUCAUGGAGCAAUAGGUUUUUGGCAGUGACCUUCAACUGAAGCUGAAAAGAUUCAAAAGAGGAAGGCAAAUUAUUUAAAUACUAUUAAAAAGACUAGCUGAACCUCAGCUAGAAAGGACAUUUUAUAACAUACUAAUAGAUAACUGAAAGUUGAAUGUCUCUGCAAGCACUAGGCACCAUACAGCAUAUGUUACUGCCCACUGAAGAGAAAAUAAAACCAAGAUAAUCUUAAAAUUAGGCUAUAAUCUCCCUUUGCUUUAAUACAUGACCACUGCACGCUCAGAAAAGACUCUUUCACUUUAAAAAAUGUUUUGGAUUAAUACACAUACGUGUAGGGUUUUAGAUAACCAUAUGUUUUCAUUAGGAUUUGUCCUUUUUAGUUGUGCUUUUACUUUUUUGGAAUGGUUUGCUCGUUGUUGCUAAAUUCUAAGAAUGUCAAGAUGUGCAAAAGAAAGGAGUAUCGUAUAAGUACGGGGGAAUAUAUUUUCAUAUCUCUUAUAUGAACAGCGGAUACAAUGUAAAUGCUCCCAAACAGAGAUUGAUGGUGCUUAAUAAAGCUUAAUAAAUGCA